CUUUUUUCCAUCCAUGCCCCGUUUUCUUCCUCCACCCUGCUAACCAUCCUGCACACGCCCAGUGAUUUAAUAAAAACCAAAGAAAAAAGUUUGGGGAAGACGUGGAUGGGCGUUGUGUAGACGUGCAGGCAGAAACAGAGCCAGAAAAGACGCAGAAAAAGCUCCUCUUAACUCUCUUUUCCCCCCAAAAAAGCGUCACGAGAGUAACAGACAGGCAGCAGGCAAUCCCUCAGGUCUAGAGAUGGAGUCUGCUAUUAAGACAGUGGUUACUCAGUUCAUAACCUCAGCUCGUGGGAAGGACAGUCUUGGAGCCAAGAAUUUCCAAAAACUGGUCCAGUCUCAGCUGGGGAACAUCAUGUCGGACACAGACAGCUCAUCAGCGGUGAAGGAGAUGAUGCACGGCUUGGACGAUAACCAGGAUGGGAAGGUCAGCUUCCAGGAAUACAUGAACCUGGUGGGUUACCUGGCGACCUCACUGAGCGAGAGGAAAACGGGGACCCAGAACAGUGCAGCCAACUGAGACUAGCCCUCAACAGCCAACAGUCAAUCAAUUAAGCCUUUGUGCACUCCAGUAUUCCAUUAAAACUGGCAAAGCAAACUAGGAGUGGGCGAUAUGUGAUAUUGUGCUAAAUUACAUGACAAUAUCAACGUUAAUCUCAAAUUAAAACUGCACAGUAACAAAGAGCCCAUAAAAAACCACUAUGCCAUUAUAUGUUUACCAGAUUUUUCCUCUUUUCCUUUUUUGCUAUAUAAAAUCAAAAAUCAUACUCACAGUUUUCUGCUUUGUUUUAUUUGGCUUUUGUGUCUCUUGCAACAUGUGUGCGAAUCUGCAAAAAACUUUGUAUUGCCCACUCCUAAUGCACACCUCCUGUUUGUCUGGAAACUAUGGUGCUUCAUGCCAGCUGUAUUAGCCUAGUGAUGCCUAAUCCUGACCCAUGGAGUUCCCUUACAUUGAGUAUUUUAAUGUUUUCCUGUCUAUAUUAAAUUAAAUUUGAAACUUAAGGUGCUGAUCAGUAGAUGAUGAUGUUUCGAGAACAAAGAAAGCACUAAAAUGCAAAGACCUCUAGGGCCAGGAUAAGGAAACACUAUUGCCAAUGUGGGCCAAACACAAUGUGCUGUGGACACCAAAUGUUAUUAAAUGUAUGUGCUGUAGAGUUAAUUUUAACUGUCAAAUUAGCCAUAUGCCAAAAUGAUGCAUCAUCCAGUCAUCUCUUGCAGUCUUAUAAGAAACGCAGCACUGAUGUUAAAUUGAUUUUUAUCGCUACGUGUCUUUUGUGCCUUAUGUUACAUGGCAAUAAAAAAGUACAAUGAC